UUUCUCUAAGCUUAUGAGGAACUUGGAAACUUUUAUGGGAAUGUUCUUAGGGAGUUGCAAAUAUCAAUUUAUUGUAACAUAGCCUUGGAAUAUGCAAUACCAAUUUUCAAGGCAGUCCAUGUAUAUAUGCAAAGUAAAUUUUAGCUUGAAUUUAUUUACCACCCCACAGCUCCUCCACACUGCAUUCAAUUUCAGCUUCCCACCUAUUCAAACUCUCCUCUCUUAUAUAGCCGCCACUCUUUUCUUUAAGAAAGCUCAAGUAAAAGAAAGAUGAUCAAAAGAAAAUCACCAGACAUUAUGAGAGGAAGCAACAAGAUAGCAGUGUCAUACAUAGUGGUAAUGGUGGUGGCUUCAUUGACCAUGGCAUCAAUGGCAACAUUUGAAGAGGAUGAGAAGGAAUGUGCUGAUCAGCUUGCAAACCUCGCAUCAUGCAUUCCUUUUGUUAGUGGGACUGCAAGUAAGCCAACCCCUCAGUGUUGCCAGGACACACAGAAAGUGAAGACCAACAAGCCCAAGUGUCUCUGUGUACUCAACAAAGAGAGUACUGAUCCUUCAAUGGGUCUCCCUGUUAAUACCACUUUGGCCCUCCACAUGCCUUCUAUUUGCAAAAUUGAAGCCAGUGUCUCCAAUUGUCCUAGUAAUGUCACCCUUAAAAAUUCAAAGUUUUUGGAUUGCAAUAGACUAGAUAGUAUGAACUGAAGACUUUCAUUUUUCCAUACUAACAUGGUGAUUCUUGCCUGGUGAUCUAUUUUUUCCAGCUCUACUGAACCUCUCACCGGACUCCCCGAACACAAAGAUCUUCAAAGAUGCUUCAGGUUCAGAUUCUAGCAAAUCUUCAACGGCAAAUUCCCCUUCAUCUCGUGCAUCAUCAUCAUCGACGUCUUCUUCCUCUGGGUCCAGUUCACAAGCAGAUUCAAAGAGCAAUGCUGGAGCCAAAAUGAAGUUAGUUGGAGACUGAAUGUAUUGGUGAUGUUGGCAUCUGUUGCAUGGAUAUUCUUCUGAGAUGCUAAAUCAGGACUGUGGGGAUAGCUUAUGUAGGCAGUGAAAUUGCUAGGAGCUUUGUAGGGAUCAAAGGCAGUUUCUGGUUCUCUGCCUGUUUGUCACCUUCAGAAUUUCCUGUAAUAAAGGAGAAUAAUAACAAAGUGGAAAGGUUCUUAAACCUAAUUAAUAUGCAUUCCUUUCAAUGCAAACCAUCUUUCAUUUUAUGAUGGCACUUACAGCAAGCACAACACCCUAAAGCCAAGCUCCAGUCUGAAACUAUUGUUGAACCCAUUUAGACACUACACCCUGAUUCACAGGGCCAGG